CCCGCCGCUCACGUGACCCGGCGGCGGCUCCCGGCGCGGUGGACGCUGGAAACAAGAUGGCGGCGGAGCUGGUAGAGGCGAAAAACAUGGUGAUGAGUUUCAGAGUGUCGGAUCUUCAGAUGUUACUGGGGUAUGUCGGCAGGAGUAAAAGCGGACUUAAACAUGAACUGGUCACCAGAGCAUUGCAGCUGGUCCAGUUUGACUGUAGCCCGGAAGUGUUCAAGAAGAUUAAAGAGCUCUAUGAGACUCGUUAUGCCAAGAAGAGCUCCGACUCUGGGCAGCCGCAGCAGCAGCCGCACCGACCUCCUGAGACGCUCUCCAUACAUUCUUCAUACGACCGGGGGAGCACUGUUGCUAGGACUUCUAUCUCCACUACUAACAUUGACUAUCCUGCGAUCUAUGGAAAAUACCUUAAUGGACUGGGAAGGUUACCGCCCAAAGUUGUAAAGCCCGAAGUUCGGCUGGUGAAACUGCCCUUCUAUAACAUCUUGGAUGAACUGCUGAAGCCGACAGAGCUAGUCCCACAGAACAAUGAGAAGCUCCAGGAAAGUCCAUGCAUUUUUGCACUGACAUCAAGACAAGUGGAUCUGAUCAGAAAUUCCAGCGAACAGGGAGAAUCCUGUUUGAUAGCAGCAAACAGGGAGAAGCAAACUGGACAGUUUGCAAGCAGUUCACUGGGAGCAAGAGGAGGAAGGGGAAGCGGAACCAAGCACGAGGCAUCAGAUCCCGCUCCGGGAAGGGAGUUGCAACCCGGUGUGAAAUCGGUUCAGGUUGUGCUAAGAAUCUGCUACACAGACACUAGCUCCCCUCAGGAGGAUCAGUACCCUCCAAACAUCGCAGUGAAAGUGAAUCAUAGUUACUGCUCGGUGCCGGGCUAUUAUCCAUCAAACAAGCCAGGAGUGGAGCCAAAGAGGCCCUGUCGUCCCAUUAACCUCACACAUCUCCUGUACCUGUCUGGAGCAACCAAUCGUAUCACUGUCACCUGGGGGAAUUAUGGAAAGAGUUAUUCAGUGGGUCUGUACUUAGUGCGACAGUUGACUUCAGCAGAAUUGCUGCAGAAGUUGAAAACUAUUGGAGUCAAGCACCCAGAACUCUGCAAGACGCUCGUAAAAGAGAAAUUGCGCUUGGAUCCAGACAGUGAAAUCGCUACCACAGGUGUUCGAGUGUCACUCAUUUGUCCACUGGUGAAGAUGCGGCUUUCUGUCCCCUGUCGAGCCGAGACCUGUGCGCAUCUGCAGUGCUUCGACGCAGUCUUUUACCUACAGAUGAAUGAGAAGAAGCCCACGUGGAUGUGCCCUGUGUGUGACAAGCCAGCGCCCUAUGACCAGCUAAUAAUUGAUGGGCUCUUGUCAAAGAUACUGACAGAAUGUGAGGAUGCAGACGAAAUAGAAUACAUGGCGGAUGGUUCCUGGUGUCCAAUAAGAGCUGAGAAGGAGAGAAGCUGCAGCCCUCAGUGUCCAAUACUAGUACUAGGUUCCUCAGAUGUGAACGGGCUCUUGCCCACUCCCAAUAGUAAUGGUGAAAAUGGCAAGGUCACUGCUGAUGUGGUGGAUUUAACACUGGACAGCUCGUCAUCAGAAGAGGAGGAGGAAGAAGACGAGGAGGAGGAUGACGACGAUGAUGGACCCCAACCGAAACGACGCUGCUCUUACGAGAAAGAUCUAGUUUCUGCCUGCUGACUGCGGAAGUAGCUCUGAAUCUCUGAAUGGACAGACUUGAAUACUCUGGUGCUUACUAAACUGGAGGUGGGAGAGGACCUCUCACCUCAUCUCCCUUCCUCCCUGGUCUCCUUUUGACUUUCCUAUUCCGAGUUAACCAUUAAAAUGAAAAAUAAAACCAUUGAGCUGCUUCUUGGUUGAAAAACUGCCCCACUAAAAGCCUGACCUGAGCUCUGCCAGCUCAACCUGAACCAGAGUCUGAAGUAAGGAAAAGUGUCUUAAGCCAGGCAGUCAAGAUCCAGAGCUAACUUGAUCUCAACUGCCCUUCACCAGUACGGUUUGAAUCGGUGGAGUUCACCUGAAAACCAACAGGACGUCUAACUCCAGUGCAUCUCCAAAGCUGUGUGCAUUUUUAUUGUCUUGUUAAAUAACCAUUCCU